CCAAAUGGCUAUACACCAUUGGCCAACCCCCUCCACCGAAUAUUCUUCCAUAAAAUUCCUACUCCCUCUCUACUUCUACUACUCCCCUCUGUAAAACCAACCCUUGGGAACCAAAAAACACCACUCCAAGAAUAACAAAACAAACUGAACAUGAGCGAAUCACUCAAACAAAACUACCGUGUAUGCGAGGAGUUAGGAAAGGGACAAUUCGGCACCGUUUACAAGUGUUACUCACCGUUAACCGGUGACCAAUUUGCCGUCAAAUCUAUCAACAAACGCCUCAUCGUCGAUGACGUCAUCGAUCGACAUUGCCUGUACAACGAAGCGAAAAUCAUGCAAUUGCUUUCACCGAACCCGUACGUUGUUCGUAUAUUCGAUGUUUACGAGGAUGAUGUUCAUCUUGAUAUGGUUCUUGAGCUUUGCAACAACGGUGAUUUGUUUCAACGUAUCAGUAGCAGCCAAUCGGUUUUCUCCGAGUCUGAAGCUGUUGAUGUCAUGGUGCCACUAAUGAAGGCAAUAGCACACUGUCACCGUCACGGCAUAUCCCACAGGGACAUCAAACCAGACAACAUAUUAUUCAACGACUCAAACGAGCUCAAACUAGCCGACUUCGGCUCAGCUGAGUGUUUCCAUGAGGGCCAGCUAAUGAGCGGUGUUGUUGGAACACCGUAUUACGUGGCACCGGAAGUGUUAGCUGGAAGAAACUACAGUGAGAAGGUUGAUAUUUGGAGUGCUGGUGUUAUUUUGUAUAUAAUGCUUGCUGGGGUUCCGCCUUUUUAUGGUGAUUCAGCUACGGAGAUCUUUGAGGCUGUGAUGAGAGGGAAUCUUAGGUUUCCGACUAGGAUGUUUCAUUCAGUGUCGCCGGCGGCUAAGGAUUUGCUGAGGAGAAUGCUGUGUAAAGACGUUUCUACAAGAUACUCUGCUCAACAAGUCCUUAGGUACCCAUGGAUGACUAGCAAAGGGAGAAACUAGAACUGUUGCGCUAUUUUAGUUUCGAGGAUAUUUGCGUCUGCCGAGAAAAAAUCAAAUUAUCAGAUUUUUGGUACGAAAUGAUCAGCGAUUGCAUAUGUUAGCAAUAUGUUCUUCUAGAAGUAGAUAUAGUAUGUUAGUCAGAUACUGUAUAGGCACCAACAUACCCAGACCUAAAUUGAUUUGCUGAAGCACAAUUUGGUGUGUAGAGGUACUAAUGGCAGCUGCAUUAAUUUCCCAUUGUUUUGCGAUGUUUUAAUGCAAUCUUCUAUUAUGUUCCA